UCCCGUCCGUGUGUGGCUAGCUAGGUCUUCCACGCCGCCCAAAUGAACGCAAGCGAGGACGGCGGCCGCCGCCGCCGCCGUUCCCAAACCCACGACGAGGCCGACGGAGUGGCCCGCCUCCAUCCCCAGGUUCACGCGGGCGAGGAGGGAGCCGGAGUGGCUCGCGGGCGCAGUACGCGCCCCCGCGCCCGCCCUCGUUCCCGGAUCCACGCGACCGGCGAGGGCGCCGGAGUGAUCUGUCGCGUCAGCAUUCCGGCGGCACUGGCCUCGCCGUUCGAAGACGACGACCUCCUGAGGGAGAUUCUCCUCCGUCUCCCGCCGCAGCCCUCCUCGCUACUCCGGGCCUCCGCCGUCUGCAAGCAAUGGCGAUGCGCCGCCACCGACCCCAAGUUUCUCCACCGCUUCCGCACGCACCACCGGAAGCCGCCCCUCCUCGGCGUCUUUCACGUGCGCAACAGGGAUGAUAUCGUCUUCACCCCAAUACUGGACGCACCCGACCGCAUCCCUCCUCGGCGAUUCGACCUUAUUAGCAGCACGGAGGUGGUGCUCUUACUGCUCGAUUGUCGCCACGGUCGCGUCCUUCUCAUUAACGUGGGGCGGGAUGAGGCCAUCGUGUCCACCCCCAUCACCGGCGAGCAGCGCCUCGCCGCCUCCUGCCCAUUCCGUCGGAGUUCAAAUUCACCGAUGAUGUCAACGGGGCUGUGCUCUGCGCUGCCAGCGACCAUGGCCAUGUGCACGGAAGCUGCCACUCGAGCCCCUUCAAGAGCCUAGCUGUGAUCAAGGGGCCUCCCAUUACAGAUGAUUUCCGCCAUGCCAGCCAUUGGAUCGUGCAGGCUGAGGAUGGUGCUGUUGGCUUCGCCAUAUUGACUUGCAGUCACUUACAAAUGUGGCAGAGGAUUAUAAAUUUCCAUGGUGUUGCCACAUGGGUGUUAUGGAAGACCAUUGACAUGCAUACCAUCCGUGGGCUCCCUCCCCAGAUUGACAUGAUACGUAUAGCGGGAUGCAUUGAGGAUACUGACGGACUAUUUCUAUUCGUGGGCCAUGAUGUCUAUAUGGUUCAACUUAAUUCAAUGCAGUCUAGGAAACUUUUUGAAAACCGUGGUUAUACUUACUAUCAUUCGUUCAAGAGUUUCUAUCAGCCAGGCACAACCAUUGCUGGUGCAUGUGAUGCAGCUGAAAUGUUGCACGAUACAUAGGAUGACUGUCUGGUUUGAUGUUCUAAUGUGCUGAAACGGUUCAGCAGCUUGUGCAAUAUUUACCUUUUAAUGUUUCACAUGAGCCAGAGUACUCAUCAUUAACUCGACUGUUUGCGGCUGAAGAUAUGGGACCUGACGACAACCAUACUUGAAACCAUAGUAACUGGGCAGCUGGAGGUUGCAUUUUUACCCUGGGGAGGGUUUGAUGUUGCAUUUGUCUGUUAAUCAUUCUCUGCUGGACUUCUCAGUGAUUUCAACAUUUUUUAUACUAAAGUGAACGCAACUGGGCAGCUGGAGGUUGCAUUCUUACCAUGGGAGGGUUUGAUGUUGCAUUUGUCUUUAGAUGGAUCAAUCUCUGAUUAUCUCCCAGGUGUCUGUUUCGCUCCUUGCUUAAUCGAUCCAAACCUCCAUGUGUAUGAUGGAAACAUUAUAUUAUGCUAG